AUGAAAACAUUAUCAAUUAAGGAAGCCAUGGUCAAAGCAGCUGUUGUUGACUGGGAUGAUCUUUUCUGCGAAUGGCUUCUACGUGAGGAAAACCGUCUUUGCUAUGAGAGAGAUCGUUACCUAUUUGCGCAAUAUCUCGCCCGGUCGCUACGAGACAAUCCGUUCUUGAAAAUGUUCUAUAUCAUAAAGAUUUCAAAAGUUAUUCGGACCAAUUCCGCACUGUUAAGUCGAUGCCGCCGCAUGUCAGCGGUUAACGAUAUCAUCAGGCAGAUGCAGGAAACAAGGGCCAAUGACGAAAGUGCCAACAUCAUGUCGUUUGGAAGAGCCCUUAUGGAUGUAAGAGUCAUCCUUCCUUCAUAA